CGGUGCGGUGCGGUGCGGUGUGAGGAAUGAGAGUCGAGCUUUUGUGUCCUGUCUCUCAUCAGAUGAGUCCCGGUGACUGAGUCCCGGUGAUUGGGUCUCCCGGUGAUUGGGUCUCUGCUGUACCAGUCCACGGUGAGAACGCAGGCGCGCGCCGCUCUCACAUUCCUGCGCUGCUAUAAGCAUCCUAUGGUCUUCUGCACAAGAUGGCGGAACCGAGCACGGAAAAGGACGCGGUAGCAACCGAGGAUGAUCAUCUAAACAACUCAUUAGGAGAGCCAGGCUUGAUCUCCCCUGACAAAGAGGAUAUCUCACGAAUCCUGACAGUGCCGUUCAAAGGCCGGAUCAGAGGAGGGAUGAGGCCUGGGAAGAAAAUCAUAGUCAUGGGUAUCGUAGAUGCAGAGCCAAACAGCUUUGACGUUAGUCUGACCUGUAGCUGCAAUACAGAGGAGGAUGAGGAGGAGGUCACAGAUGUGGCCCUGAAACUUAGUGCCCGAUUUGCUGAACGGCAGUUCUUGAGAAAUGCAAGGGUUUCUGGGAAAUGGAGUGAAGAGGAAACAGCCAUUCCAUACUUCCCCUUCAUUCAGGACCAGCCAUUCAGGAUUGAGAUCCAUUGUGAACACCAGCGCUUUAGGAUCUUUGUCGAUGGACAUCAGCUGUUUGACUUUUAUCACAAAGUGAAGUCUUUGCUGACCAUUGAUAUGAUCAGGAUAGAUGGAAGUCUGCAAAUCACCAAGCUAGGUUAAUCCAACACACUGACGCACGUUCCAGAGAGGACUUCUGACAGGUGACCAAACCCACCUUUGUCUGGUGAUAUUUUUGAAGGCCUGAGAAGUUCUGCUCCAUCAAACACAUCAUGACCACCUACAUUUCUUCACUCUGUUCUUUCCUCCCCAUCCCAUUUUCUAGCUGCACUUCUUUAUAGGUUGAGCUGCAAUGUGAAUCUUUGCAAUGACAGCUAUGUGUGUCCAUAGGUGUAUAAAAUUAAACAAGCUUUGUUGCGUCGACUGUUUGAGGGACCUUGUGUAAUUGCUCAAUAAGGUACUAAAAAAUUAAGACACUCUGGCAAUUGCACACACACACUACAAGUCAAAAGUUUUAACACACCUAAUUCAUUAGUUUUUCUUUAUUUUCAUGAAUUAAAAGGCACUUCAUGUCUUAAAGUAAUGAUAGAUGUCGUUUUUCUUUACUUAGUUGAGUGGUUCUUGAUAUAAUAUGGAUUACGACAGUUGUGGAAUAGAGCUAUUUACUGUAUUUUUAUUAUUUACUAUUUACUGUUUGAUCUCAAACACAUUACGAAGGCAAGAAAUUGCACUAUUUAACAUUUGACGAGGGUGGCAUGGCGGUGUAGUGGUUAGCACUGUCGCCUCACAGCAAGAAGGUCCUGGGUUCGAGUCCAGUGGCUGAUGAGGGCCUUUCUGUGUGGAGUUUGCAUGUUCUCCCCGUGUUUGCGUGGGCUUCCUUCUGGGUGCUCCAGUUUCCCCCAAAGACAUGCAGGUUAGGCUAAUUGGUGGCUCUAAAUUGACCGUAGGUGUGAAUGGUUGUUUGUUUCUUUGUGUCAGCCCUGCGAUGACCUGGUGACUUGUCCAGGGUGUAACCCACCUCUCGCCCAUAGUCAGCUGGGAUAGGCUCCAGCUUGCCUGCAAUCCUGUAGAACAGGAUAAGCGGCUACAGAUAAUGGAUGGAUGGACAGAACUUUUGACGAGACACACCUGUUAAUUGAAAAGCAUUCCAGGUGACUACCUCAUGAAGCUGGUUAAGAUAAUGACAAUAGUGUGUAAAAUGUCAUGGUGGCUACUUUGAAGAGUCUAAAACAUGAACCAUAUUUUUAACACUUUUUUUUGUUUACCACAUAAUUCCAUACAUGUUCCAUAUGUCAUUUCAUAGUUUUGAUGUCUUCAGUAUUGUUCUGCAAUGUAGAAAACAGUCAAAAUACAGAAAAACCUACAACUGAGUAGGUGUGUCCAAACUUUUGACUGGUACUGUAAUAUUUUAUAUUAUGUGUGUGUGUGUGUGUGUGUGUACACAGACACACACAGGUACGCAUGAACAGAGUUAAUACAAAAUGUUGCAAAUUACAGUUGCAAAUAACAUUAUUUGAUUUACUACAGCCAAAGGCUUACACAAACUAAGAAUUUCAUGUAUUACCCGUGUCAGUGAUUACUGUUUUACUAACAGGCAACAACGAUUGUAAAAACAUUUAUGACUGACAGUAUGAAUAACUGCUGUUUAUUGCAACCAUUCUUUUUUCUGGGAUAAAUAUCUUGCACUGACCUAAUGUGGUACAUUGUGGAAUAGUUAGGUGUUUUAUUAAUGUCAUUGGAAAUGAUGACAGAAAUAACUGGUUUACAACAAGCCAUUGCAAAUCGUAACGAGCAGCCAGUGAUUUCCUCACUGAAAAUCCUUCAGUUUUUGGUCAAAGUAGCCCUUUUCAUUUUGUUUUGUCAUGUGUUGUACAUUUAUCUUGAAGAAAUUCACCUCAUGUUUACAACCUCUUUUAUUUGAGCUUAGUGAUGAUAAUAAUAAUGAUUGUAGUUAAAUAAAUUCUUCUUGGAAUGUAACAUGAUCUAUGCUGAUAACUUGGCUAAUAAGGAGGAAGAAGAUGAUGAAGCAGCUUUCAGUUGUCUUGACUAAUAUAUGCUGUUCCCCCAAACCUUUGUCAUUCAUUACAUAGCUACUUCCUGGACUGUAUGCCCGAGGGAUGGCCUCCUCUCAUGUGUCCUAUAUUUCUGUCAUCUAUUCAAGAUGUCUUUGUGAUUUCCUGCCUCUCCCUAGAACUUUUAGUACCAUGUUGGUUUCCCCCCAGAUGGAAGGGCUCACAACUGUUUCUUUAUUACCUUGCACCUGCUUACAUAGAGUUGGAACAUGAGGAUUAUGAUGAUUAUUAUUAGCACCACAUGCGAGUCAUUAAUUACAUCUCAUAAGCCCGAGCACUCUCUGAGGCCAAGUUUACAUUAGACCGUAUCUGUCUCGUUUUCUUCGUGGAUGCACUGUCCGUUUACAUUAAACCGCCUGGAAACGCCGGGAAACGGGAAUCUGCCAGGGUCCACGUAUUCAAUCCAGAUCGUGUCAGCUCCGGUGCUGUGUAAACAUUGAGAAUACGCGGAUACGCUGUGCUGAGCUCUAGCUAGCGUCGUCAUUGGACAACGUCACUGUGACAUCCACCUUCCUGAUUCGCUGGCGUUGGUCAUGUGACGCGACUGCUGAAAAACG